AUAAUUAUUUGCGCUGAGUGUAUUACUAUGAAAGAUCCAACUUAAAGCCUCUGAACAUUGAGAGUAAAUUAAUUUGUGAUUUACUUCUUAAUUACCAAUUUUCCUCAUUGCUUUCUUUUUAUGAUGCUUCCUUAAGUGAAUUUAUAAAAAUUGUUUUCCUUCACAUAUUUCAUUUUAUUUAGUUUUAUCUUCUCCAACUUUCAAUUGUGAUUUGUUUACAUUUUGUUCAUUGUUUUUGUACUAGUCUCAUGUUCGAUGGGUAACACUAAUACAUCUCAGGUUAAACGUGACCGCAACUAUUUUUAUACAAUUGAUGGCGUUAAUCAUCCUCGAGACUCCUCUAGUUCACCGCGAGCUGAUGAUUCUAAAGCAUUUGAUUUCAUUGGUGGUCGAAAAAAACCGUUGCUUUGCUAUCAAUCCUCUGCUGAAUACAGUGUAGAUGAUGGCUAUGAUGAAUGCAAAAUCCGCCCUCGAGCAUCGACUAUCAGUCAAGGAACAUCUAUUGAUGAAAAUGCUCUUCCAACUGUAUUUAAGUGGGAAGGAGGAGGAAAAGAGGUUUUCAUCUCUGGAACUUUCAGUGACUGGAAGCCAAUCAAAAUGGUUCACAGCCAUGAUGAUUUUGUGGCUAUCGUAGAUGUGCCAGAGGGUGUCCAUCAAUAUAAAUAUAUAGUUGAUGGCACUGAAACUGUUAACUCGAAUGCAACCUUGGAUGAAGAAAAAACGAAAAACGUCAUAAAUGUUAAAAAAAGUGAUUUUGAAGUUUUUGAAGCUCUUGCUAUGGAUCUGGCCGCAAACACUAAUAGUAAUCAAACUCAGCUUAGUGGAUCUCCACCAGGCUCUUAUUCUCAGGAAUUUCCUUCUUCCAUGCUGCAAAAAUUAGGAAAUCCAAGAACUAGUGGUCAAGGUGGUAAUCAAGGCGCUGGUCCUCCAAUAUUACCUCCUCAUUUGUUACAAGUUAUGCUGAACAACCCAACUUUAACCUCUGGUGAUCCAACAUUCUUACCACAACCAAAUCACGUCAUGUUGAAUCAUUUGUAUGCCUUGUCAAUCAAAGAUGGUGUUAUGGUUUUAAGCUGCACCAACAGAUACAGGAGAAAAUACGUAACUACUCUGUUGUACAAACCAAUUUAAGGCCAACCCUUUAAGACCCUUCAAUGGAUUGUCAUCCGAUCUCCGAAGGUGCAAAGCAAUGUUUUUGAAUCAUUAAAAAUAGAAUGUAAUAUUUACAAUACGAAAGAAUCUGAAAAGCUAUGAGGAUACCAGGAAAAUCCUCCUUUAUUCAUCUACCCGGCAUUACUAAUCAUGAAAAAAAAGAAUUUAUUAAUUAGUGUUAACGUGCAAGAAGAAAUUAAAGUCAUAAUGUAUGUCAUGUAAUUUGAAAAAAAAGUUGCAAUCCGAUUAAAAUUUUUACAAUUGUGA